AUGACCUUUCAGCGCUCGACACCCGCAACCAACUUCAAGACCAAGAACGCGAAACGAGUUCCGUCUGCGCCCGCUCGAGGAAAUGCAUCGCAUCAGAAGCGCCGCCCCGACGAAGAUCGCCUGAUGUCGGCUCUCAAUCCGACCAGUGGACAAGCAUCGAUCCGGGAGGGACCGGCUGGAAUUUCGAUCAAGGGAGCCUCGGGGCCGUUCGUAGUCAUCGGGAGCAACUUUGCGCCCGGCACCACCGCCGCCGAUAUUCAGUCCACAAUUGAGCCUAUGUCCGGGGAGAUCCUGAAAUGCUGGGUGACAUCGCACGAGCCUACCGUGACCGCGGAAAUUACCUUCGCCGAGAAAUGGGCAGCAGACAACGCAAUCGCUAACCUCCACAACCAGAGGGUGAGAAUCUUAACUAUGACUGUGCCUCCAGGGCUUAAGCUAACUUCUACCAAGGCGGAUGGCCUGAUCCUUUCCAUGCGGAUGAAACCGACGGGUGCCUCCAGGGCGAAGCGUGACCUCUUCAGCCGAUCGACUGGAUCGGGAUCCCAGCACUCUCAACCCUCCUUCAACGAUCUUCGAGAACAAGCAGACCGUGAGCGUCGCUUGCAUCGCGGAGCUGAUGCAACCGUUCAAAACGGAAACUAUGGAUUUGGCGAGCAAAACGGAGAUCUUUUUGCUCAAAACGAUACUCGGAGCACCGGUCGCAACAACCGACGAAACUUCAGAGGUCGUAACCAAGGGAGAGGUGGGAGGAGUACAAACCAAGACGCAAACGACCAGGGGCUCUACAGUGAUGAAAUGAUGGUCGACGCACCUCAGAACUCGAGGAACCGGGGAAACUGGAACCGAUAG